CAUUACGUCCACGAAUUCCGUGAAAAGACUUCUGUUCUUUUCCACUUUCAUUUUUAAUAAAAGUAGAUUUCCCUUUAGAAUCUUCAAAAAUAAUUAGUGAAAUUGUGUUUAAUAUUUACUUUUCAUCAACAUAAAAAACAGUAAUGAAGAUCUGGUCAAUUGAGCACACAUUCAACCACCCAUGGGAAACAGUCGUGGCAGCAGCUUUAAAAAAAUAUCCAAACCCUCUUAAUGAAGCAGUACUAGGCACUGAUAUAAUUGAUCGCAAGAUUGUCAAUGGAAUUCUCUAUACUCACAGACUUGUUGUCAGUGAAUUCAAGUUCCCUAGUUAUGCUCAAGCAAUCAUUGGCAGUGCUAAUGCUCAUUAUGCCAGCGAAAAGAGCGAGGUGGAUCCUGCUAGAAGAGAAAUGGUCUUGAGGACUAGAAAUCUGUCGUUUAGUAAAUUUAUCGAUGUUGGAGAAACUCUACGGUACAUACCUCAUCCUCAAGAUAAAAACAAAACACUUCUGAAGCAGGAAGCCAUUGUUACAGUCCAAGGGGCACCGCUGGCGUCUUAUAUGGAAGACAUUUUGACAAAAAAGAUUUCUUUUAAUGCUGGAAUGGGCCGCCAAGCCGUUGAAUGGGUGAUCAAGCUUGAUGCGGAAAUGAAGGAUCUCGCAAACACGGCAGUCAAGUCGACAGAUGAAUUGCUGUCACAAACGCGUCGUCAGUUGGAUGACAUAACGACAAAAACGAAAAGAGGAAUGGAUGAUCUUCAAAAUGCUGCUAAAAAGUCGUUAGAUGAAAUUCAAACAUUCACAGCACCACCAUCACCACAGUCUAUGCCUAAAUUAUAGCUGAGGUUCUGGACUAGUUUUAAUCUUUUCAAUUGAUCAAAGCUAUUAAUAGGUAUUUCUUUUAAAUUAUUCCAAAUUAUUAAAAUAAAAAGAAAAGAAAUAAAUAAUUUUUUAUUUAUAAAUUUAAUUUAUAAAAAAAUUAUUUAUUUUUCAUUA